AUGAAGGCUCUACACGAUCAGCGUGGAAACAGACAACAAGGUGCACGGGGCCGACAAGUGCGGCGCCACAGCGGCGCAGCAGGACGCCUUUUGGUAGCGGCAUGCUGCGCAGCUGUCGUUGCCGUGGCUGUCAACCUCCCUAGCCGCGCAGACAGACGGCGAGCGAGGGAAGCUGCCGAAGAGCUUGAGCUCGAAACGGAAGGAAGCAGUGAGCUGGAUGAGGAGCAGGAAUACCCAUUGGUAGCUGCAGGUGGCUCAGCAAGUAGCCCGUCCACACAGGCCUUCUUGUCUUUGGAUGAAAAAGAUGGCCGAUUUUGUGGCAAAGAGGGAGACCUUUGCAAGUGCUUUGGCAAAGUGCGCUACGGACGCCUUUUUUCGUGGUCCGGCGACCUCGUGGUCGAUGGCAGCGUGAACUGCUCCGCUGCCCUGUUCGGUGAUCCCAUGCCGAUGGAUCUGAAGAUCUGCAAGUGCUACCCGACCAUGUGUACCACACAAGUGGGCAUUUGCACACCGGAGCCCUGCAUGUGCCCCACGUCCCGUGAUCCGGACAUGGAAUGGGCAAAGAAGACGCUUAUGACAGGCGAUGGCACGAAGUGCUGGGCCUGUGAGAAGAAGCGAGCCAGCACUGGUGUGGCAGAGUCUGGCAACUCCACCUACUGCCCUACACAGAUGGGUCGUUGCUCUCUGAAGCGGUCGUGCAAGUGCGAAGACCCUGCCGACAUCAAGCGCGUCAUGCGGACGAAGAACGGAGAGAAGUGCUGGACUUGUGCUCCCGUCGGGGAAGGCAGGGCCAUGGGCAUGGACAGCGGUCAAAAAGCUAUGUUCUGGAUGCUGCCGCUGCUUUGGUCCUUCAUGGAUUGGCCCAACUCUUUCUGGCAGGUGUGCAAUGGCGACAGGGCAUUGACCAUAUUUUCGGCUCUUUGCAUCGUCGGGUAUCUUCUGCAGGUCUUCGCACCCUUCCUUCGCCUGGACCGAUUCUUCUCUUUCUAUGCGCCGUGCAUGAAAAAGGGCGAGUUCUGGCGCUUCUUCACCUACUUCAUGCUGCACUCAGAUUUGCAGCAUCUGUGCGUGAACUUGUUCCACCUGAUGGAUGCCCUGGAUCUUGAAGGGGUGCCAGAUCUUGAAGUCAGUCCAGGAGUACCGCUCAAGUGCACCCGCGAUGGCCCCGUGGCCACGAUCUGUUAUCCUGAUGUCGGGAUCGGCUGGAACAAUGUGGUGGGUAUCAUGGCCACGGUGCUUGCGUUUGGUGCGUUGGUGGGCACGAUGAAGAACUUCGGGGCCCUGGUCCAGGGCGCGAGUUCAGUUUGCUUCGGCGUGGACGGCGCGCUCAUCGCGCUGUAUGGGGUCUUCCUGGGUGCCGGGUUAGAUCAGAAGUUGAAGAUUCCGGAGUUCGGCGCUUUCUUUUGGAUGCGCAUCGGAAUCAUCGCGUUUCAUAUCAUUAUUGACAUUGUCCAGAGCGUUUGUGGUUCUGGCAAGGAUACAGUGGGCACUGUUGCACACAUGGCCUCGCUCGUCGCAGGCUUUUGCUACGUCAUCCUGGUUCUUCCACCGAUGGGUGAUGGGAGCUUCUUCGGAAGCGACAGGCCCUACAUUGUCAACUGCGGCAUGACAAGCCCGAAGUAUGUGACAUUAGAUGAAGCAACUACGCAGUGUCUGGCCUUCUUCAGAAGGAGCAAUGGCAUUGAGAUUAACACCGCGCAGAACAUAGCAAGUGCUGUGCUAGUCAUCGGUGUCGUAGUCGCGAUCGUGAACGCAAUCCAAAAGCACAUUCCUCAGAAGGCCGUGCAGAUUGACGACAUCACGAUUCGCUACCAUCUAUAUACUGCAGCGACUGAACAACAGCUGUUGGCGCUUGAAAGAAGCACUCACAGGUGA